UUUAAUACUUUCAACACUACUAUAUAACAAUUAAUUUGAGGACCCCUAAACUGCCAAUUACUCAAAUUUUGUCACUACCCCCCGUGACUACAGUUAAGACCUGCUCCCCAACAGGAUCUUCUUGUGAUGCCCCCAAAGAUAGAUCAUAUGGAAAUUAAAGUGGCCGGGUCGGUGUCUUCGAAUUAUGUACCAUUACAGGAUAAUGACAAUGUAUUAAAAGAUCCUCGACAGCUUGAGGAAAAUGGCACUUGUUCAAACUGUGCAGUUGAAAAAGCCCAAGUUAAAGAUGAAACGGUACUUGACAACAGAGUAACACACUUAGCUAGUGAUGUCACAGAGAUUAAGAAAUUAUUGGAGAAUGUAAUUGCUGGGAAAUCUAUUAAUCAUUCCCCUGUUGAUAAUCUCAUCUCGACAGCCAAAGCACAGUGUACCUUGAAACCAGCUACUGAUCAGGGUGAGAACGUGUGGCUCGAUGAAAUAAGAACAAAAUCCUUGCUGGUUGUUACAAAAGGUGCUAAUGUUCCAUGUAAAGAUCUAGAAAAGACAGUGGUUGAUAAUGGAAUCCAGGUUCAUAAGCAAUAUGUUGAUAGUAAUGGUGAUCAAGUACUCAUAUUACCAACCCAAGCUUCACGAGAUAAUCUGAAGACAGAGCUGAUAUCAUCAGGUAUAGCUGCUAAUCAACUGAAAGAACCAAAGCAAAGAUAUCCCACUAUCUCAGUUGUUGGUCUACCUAAGGAUUUUAGUAGAGAUCACAAAGAAGAGAUAAGGAACACCAUCCUGAAGCAAAAUCCUUACAUUUCUCACUGCCUCAAAGCAGACCCUUCACUGUUUGAUGUUCUGUCUGUGAAACCUCUCCGUGCAAACCAAAAUAUCAAACAAGCCAUCAUAAGGUUGAGUGAUAAUAUUAGAAUUGCUAUACGAGAUAAUAAUAACAGGUUGUUCUUCGGUUUACUGUCUUGCCAAGUGUAUGACCAACUUUACAUAAAGAGAUGUAAUAAGUGUCAAGGCUUUGGUCACUAUUCUAAGACUUGUAAAAACGAAGUGUAUUGUGGUUUCUGCGCCGCCCCUGGACAUGAAACUCAACAAUGUGAUAAUAAGGACAACAAUUCAGAGGAGAAAAAUGAUCUAAUGCCCACAUACUGUUGUAUCAACUGCAAAAAGUCUGGCUCACCUGAUGAUUUAUGUAAACAUGCUGCAUUUUCUACUGAGUGUCCUUCUUACCGGGUUCAGCAAGAGAAACUUAAAGCCUCCCUAUCUUAUUAUUCAAAAAACUAGUUUCCUCCAAACCAAAGAAAUUGCAUCAACUUCGAUAUAUGAUCUGGAAUGCUAGAAGUCUUAAUAAUAAGUGUGACGACAUUAUGUG